AUGGCCUCUCUCCGCGCUCCCCUCCUCCGCGCCGCCGGUGCCGCGUCGCGCCGUGCGCCCGCCUCGCUUCGCAUCGCCUCUGCCUCCCGCGCCGUCGCCUCACCUGCUGCCGCGCCUUCGCGUGCCUUCAGCGGCUCCGCAUGCCGCAGCAACGACUUCGAGUCGCCCUUCGGCAUCAACUCGCUCGCCAAGCUCUCCGACGAGGAGGAGAUGCUGCGCGAGGCCGUGCGUCGCUUCGCUACUGAGGUCGUCGAGCCCAAGGUCCGCGAGAUGGACGAGAACGAGAAGAUGGACCCGGCCAUCAUCAAGGGCCUCUUUGAGCAGGGCCUCAUGGGCAUCGAGACGAGCCAGGACCACGGCGGCGCGGGCUGCAGCUUCACGGCGGCGAUCAUCGUCAUUGAGGAGCUCGCAAAAGUCGACGCCUCGGUCUCGGUGCUCUGCGACGUGCACAACACGCUCGUCAACACGGUGCUGCGCAAGUACGCCAGCAAGGAGCUCAUGGACAAGUACCUGCCGCAGCUCUCGACGGAGGUGCUCGGCUCCUUUGCCCUCUCCGAGCCCUCGUCUGGCUCAGACGCCUUCGCCAUGAAGACGACGUGCAAGAAGGACUCGAACGGCGACUGGAUCAUCAACGGCAGCAAGAUGUGGAUCACCAACUCUGCCGAGGCCGAGUUCUUCAUUGUCUUCGCGCAGGGCGACCCCUCGAAGGGCUACAAGGGCAUUUCUGCCUUUGCCGUCGAGAAGAGCAUGGGCGUCGAGAUUGCCAAGAAGGAGCAGAAGCUCGGCAUCAAGGCCUCGUCGACGUGCACGGUCAACUUUGACGACGUCAAGGUGCCCGCGGCCAACCUGAUUGGCGAGGAGGGCAAGGGCUACAAGAUUGCCAUUGAGAUUCUCAACGAGGGCCGCGUGGGCAUUGGCGCGCAGAUGGUCGGCAUUGCGCAGGGCGCGUACGAGAAGAGCGUGCGCUACGCGUACGACCGCACGCAGUUCGGCAAGCCGGUGGCCAGCUUCCAGGGCAUGCAGUUCCAGAUGGCCGACGCCGCCACGGAGAUCGAGGCCGCGCGCCUGCUUGUGUACAACGCCGCACGCCUGAAGGAGGAGGGUCGCCCGUUCACGAAGCAGGCGGCGAUGGCCAAGAUCUACUCGUCCCAGGUCGCACAGAGCGUCUCGGGCAGCGCCAUCGAGUGGGCUGGCGGCGUGGGCUUCACGCGCGAGACGGGCAUCGAGAAGUACUGGCGCGACUCGAAGAUCGGCGCCAUCUACGAGGGCACGAGCAACAUCCAGCGCCAGACGAUUGCCAAGCUGCAGGAGAAGGAGAUGGGCCUGUAAGCGACGAGGGCGACACUGCGAGGGAGGGGAGCGCUCAGGCGCGAGGCAAGCUGCGGCUACUAUAUCCGCUGCUCGGAUCUCAAUACACAGUCUCUCUAGUUGCCCUUGCGCGUCUCUCGCUCAGCUCAAGGUGACACGGUAUGCGAUAUUUCAUCUCCACGGCCUCGCCGCCCGCCCGGGGGUGCAGCUAGCCCUCGCUCUGCAGUACAUGAUCAGUGAACGACUCCCAU